CCACUCACUCUACUUUGCUCUCUCUUGGAAGCCAUAACUUGCUAAAGAAGAAUAUGAAUUUGAUGUGCCAUUCGAAGCUUCAAUAUGUUCCUUCUAAGAUAUAUAAGCCACUUCACAUUUCACGCUCUUCCUCACUUCGAUUUCAAUCUUCUCGUUCUGCUUUCAAGCCGCAAUUCGCCGUGAAGAAAAUUAGGGUUCGCUCGGAGUUCGAUGCUAAAGUGAAUGGCGUUCUCUCGGCUGAUUCAGAUCCUCGUUUUCUUGACCGGAACACAGUUCAACGGAUUGCUGGGGUAGAAAGGAAAUGGGUGCCAAUAUUGCUCGGUGGAAUAUCAAUAGGGUUCUGUCAAUAUGUUUCAGCUAUGGCCCUACUACAUGGAGAUAUGGAUAUGAGAAGCUUUUUGACGUUUCAAAAAGUUCUGUUCAGUUUAUUUUGAUGAAAAACUUUCCAUUCAUGGCGUGUGUAGUGAUGGGUUCUGUUGUACUGCAAUUGACACCAUGUUGAUUGAUGUAUGGAACUAUUCCUAACUGUCAUUAACAUAUUGGUUCCCUUGAGUCCUGCGGAGGAUUCUUACAAAUUAUUAAUUCAUCACAUAUGUUUUAGGAAUUUUAAAAGUUUUGAAUAGGAGAUAGAAAUGAAGUGCUAACUAUAUGAAGUUCACCUUAGGAGCGUUAUCUAAUAAGUUGACAGAUGAAUUUUGCUGAGGGGGUGCAUUUAUGGUGAUUGGUGCUGUCUGUGGUGCUCUUCUAAGUCACCAAAAAUUGCAGGCAACGUGGCUUGAAAGGGAUACAAUAGUUUCAUGUUAGUGAUGCCAUCAACUUGAUAAGCUAUGCUUGUGUCAUCCAAGAAUAUGAUUUUAUCUUGCGAUUCUUUUUCCGAGUAUCUGGAUCUAAAUGGUUAUGUCAUUUUCCUCUGGCUACAAAACUUUUGCCUUGAAGUGCAAUAACUUCAAAUCAUCUGGUGGAUUCCAAAUGACAAACAUCGUUAGUGCUCACAACUGAUUUAAACAUUGUUAUUAUCUUUUUCAUUUCAGCAAAAAGCACUGGAAGUGGCAAUGAAUGACAUAAAUAACUCAUUCGGGAAAGGAAGUGUUACAAGAUUGGGCAGUGCUGGUGGAGCUCUGGUUGAAACUUUUCCAAGCGGCUGUUUGACAUUAGACAUUGCUUUAGGUGGCGGCCUUCCUAAAGGGAGAAUUGUAGAGAUCUAUGGGCCAGAAAGUAGUGGAAAGACCACCAUAGCACUCCAUGCAAUUGCAGAAGUGCAGAAGGAAGGAGGCAAUGCCAUGCUCGUUGACGCUGAGCAUGCUUUUGAUCCGGCAUAUUCAAAAGCAUUGGGAGUUGAUGUAGAAAAUUUGAUUGUGUGCCAACCUGAUAAUGGGGAGAUGGCACUAGAGAUUGCAGAUCGUAUGUGUAGAUCUGGUGCCGUUGAUCUCAUUUGUGUCGACUCUGUCUCAGCUCUUACUCCACGUGCUGAGAUUGAAGGAGAAAUCGGGAUGCAGCAAAUAGGUUUACAGGCACGACUUAUGAGCCAAGCUUUGCGUAAAAUGUCAGGCAAUGCCUCCAAAGCUGGUUGUACUCUUAUUUUUCUAAAUCAAAUACGGUACAAGAUUGGUGUAUACUACGGAAAUCCUGAAGUCACCAGUGGAGGGAUUGCUUUGAAGUUUUUUGCGUCAGUUCGACUUGAGAUACGUCCCAUAGGGAAGAUAAAGUCUGUUAAAGGAGACGAAGACAUUGGGCUUAGGGUUCGUGUAAGAGUUCAAAAGAGUAAGGUGUCAAGGCCGUACAAGCAAGCUGAGUUUGAAAUCAUAUUUGGAGAAGGAGUGAGCAAGCUGGGUUGCAUUUUGGAUUGUGCUGAGAUUAUGGGUGUUGUAUUGAAGAAGGGCUCUUGGUACAGCUAUGGAGAUCAUAGGUUGGGCCAAGGAAGAGACAAAACACUACAGUUCUUGAGAGAAAACCCUCUACUGUAUGAAGAAAUAGAAAAGAAUGUUCGGUCCACAAUGGUAGAAGGAAUUGGACAAGUAGGCACUUCUUCCUUUGGGAACUCACUGCCGCAACAGCAAGAUGAAGAUAUUCUUGAAGAAAUAUGAUAUGAUUGAAAAGUUUUGUCAUUGCUUGGCUAUCAGACUGGGAUGGAGGCAGAGGUCAAUACACAAGGUGAAAAAGAAACAUGAGGAACAUAAUCCUCUCUAGGUUAAUUGAAAUAUAAUGAAUUGGCAUCAUUCAUCCUCCAUCUUGGUCUCAGGGGGAGACCCAGUUUUGUUAAUGCUAUGUGCUGGAGUAAUGGUAGUGGCAAUUCAAUUUGGCACGCAUUUUGUUCUGUAUUUGUGGACCAUGCAGCGGAUGGGUUCAGAUAGGAAAGAAAAGGGGGUGGAGUUAGAUGUCAGGGGACUAAUGGGAGGGUGGCUGUGUAAGCUCUGUAACAAACUGAGUACUUGUGAAUUGUGAUAUUCAAUAAACUUUGUCGUCAUACUUAAUUUUAAGAAUAC